AUGUCGUCUCGGUCAACACCCCGAGAUGGGUCUGAUUCAUCCCGCAUGCCGACUCCUUCAACCUCAUUACCCCAUGUCAACAGUCAUGGGCCUGACACACCACUACCAAUCUCGCCACACGACAUGAGUGAAGACGACGACGAUUUUCUUUACCACGAUUCGGACCCCAUGUUACAACGACAACCUUAUACCCAACAACUUCUCAAAGGCAAUACACACAUCAAAGGACCGAAUACCAUAUGCAAAAUCAUCUUUUUGACGAUAUGCUUGGCGGGAUUACAAUUUACAUGGACGGUAGAAAUGGCGUAUGGAACUCCUUAUUUGUUGUCACUUGGAUUGACCAAGUCGGUCAUGUCGCUUGUAUGGAUUGCAGGACCAUUAUCAGGCUUGUUGAUGCAACCUAUCGUGGGUGUUUUAUCAGAUCGAUGCACAUCACGCUUUGGUCGACGGCGUCCAUUCCUUGUCCUUGGAAGCAUUGUGGUCAUUUUUAGUCUAUUGGUGAUUGGAUGGACUAGAGAAAUCACUUCUCUUUUCACUGCAAGUCAGGAUGGUGAAACGUUUAAGAUUGUAUCCAUUGCCAUCGCUAUCACAUCAAUCUAUGUGCUUGACUUUAGUAUCAACUGUGUACAAGCAUCUUGUCGAGCUCUCCUUGUCGAUGCUCUUCCUCCUUCACAACAAGAAGAUGGUACAGCGUGGGCUGGAAAAAUGGUUGGUCUGGGGAACGUGGCUGGUUAUUUCAUGGGCUAUGCGGAUUUGGUGAAAGCAUUUCCUUUCUUUGGAGAUACCCAAUUGAAGGUUCUUUGUGUUAUUGCGGCGAUUGUUCUUGCAUUGGCGGAUGCUAUCACAUGCUAUACCGUGUCAGAGAAAAUCUUGACAAAGGAACCAGAGAAGAAAAAGUCAUGGGGAUCAUCUUUCAAAGCGAUCACUGCUAUCACCACCAAUAUCUGGAACUUACCUACACCAAUACGACGCAUUUGCAACGUUCAAUUUUUCGCAUGGUUUGGAUGGUUCCCAUUUCUAUUUUAUUCAACAACAUGGGUCGCCGAGAUAUACGACGAAGCGGCAUUGGAUGGUAGUGGUGGCGAUGAUGGUACAUCGGAUGCUGUCGGUCAAGCAACACGCGCCGGAUCAUUUGCAUUCCUGGUUUAUUCGCUUGUAUCGCUUGGUGCAUCCUUUGUUUUACCUUUGAUUGUCACCCCUUCUUACGAUGAGGAUCAGAAGAAAACGGCUCCUAGUUUCCAACUUUGUAUUCGAGGAAAGACGUACACUAUUACACCAUCCAAAUACCUCAAGAUCAAAUUUCUCAACCUUCAGCGAGCUUGGACUGCCAGUCAUUUCAUCUUUCUUAUUGCCAUGUUCUCGACCUUUUUUGUCAACAAUGUGGCUGGUGCAUCGAUCGUUAUUGGUGUUUGCGGAAUAAGUUGGUCCAUGACGAUGUGGGCUCCAUUUUCUCUCUUGGGCGAAUAUAUUUCGGAGAUGGAAGAUGCCAAGCAACACCAACAACAUAUGGGUGAUGGCAAUGACGACGACGAGAAUCAUUUGGCAAUGCAUCCUAUGGCUAUGUCAUCGAAGCUUAGUCUAGCUGCUGGAGGUGCAGGAUUGGGAACUGAAGGCGGAAUAUAUCAAUUGGUAGAACAAGAAUUGGAUUCGGAGCCCGAAGAAACCGAUGCAGGAAUCGAAAUGCAACAAUCGACAUCUAAGAGACAAUCAAGGCAUUCGUUACCAUCCAUGGACAGAGAACAACCCUCUUCAUCCAAUGACAUCCAAUCCAAUCAGGUCGACGAUGAAGAUGAGCAUGCUAUCAUGUUGACAUCACGUAUGGAUCAGGAACACAACAACAACAACUUGGAUUCAAAUGCAACGCAUUCAUCAUCCACGCCAUCAGCUGGUGUAUUACUCGGCAUUCAUAACAUGUACAUUGUCAUGCCUCAAUUCCUGGUCACUUUUCUCAGCAGCAUCAUAUUUCACUUUUUGGAGAAUGGAUCAUCCAAAAGCGAAGAAGCCUCUCCUAGCACCAUUGCCAUUGUACUUCGGUUUGGUGCCGUCAUGGCAGGCGUAGCUGGCUACCUCAGUACACGAAUUGGUCGAUCAAACUAG